CGCGGCCUAGACCAUUAUUGUAGGGCGGGUGGGGUGAGACGUAGGACACGGGAGUCGGGUGAGGUCGCGCUGGAAGUACCUGUCUGAUUGCAGCGCAAUAGUUUUUUCAGAGAGAAUGUGGCCCUUACGCCUCCUGCUGUUCACCCUCCUCCUACUGGUUACCAGCUCCAGUGCCAAGUUCCAAGAGUUUGAUGAUAGUGAUGAUGUGGCAGAAUAUGAUGACAAUGACUUUGCAGAGUUUGAAGAUACAGCAGAUGAGGCCACCACUGUACACACACCCCACCAGCAACCUCCUGAUGAAGAAGAAGAAGAAGACGAGGAGGAGGAGGAGGAAGAUGACGAGGAAGCCACAGUAGAGGUGGAGGGACAGGAAGAAUUUGAACUGGAUGCGGAGGGACAAGAGAGUGACACAGAUAAUGAGCCAUAUGAUGAUGAAGAGUUUGAAGGUUAUGAAGACAAAAUUGAUACAGGAAGUCCCCUGAAGAACAAAGACCCCAUUACAAUUGUGGAUGUCCCUGCUCACCUGCAGAAUAGUUGGGAGAGCUAUUACAUGGAGAUCUUAAUGGUAACUGGGCUCUUGGCAUAUAUCAUGAACUACAUUAUUGGCAAGAACAAGAACAGCCGUCUGGCACAGGCAUGGUUCAACUCUCAUCGGGAACUUCUGGAGAGUAACUUCUCCCUUGUUGGUGACGAUGGGACAAGUAAGGAUGCAGUGAGCACUGGGAAACUGAACCAGGAGAAUGAACACAUCUACAACCUUUGGUGCUCAGGGCGACUGUGCUGCGAGGGCAUGCUGAUCCAACUUAAGUUUUUGAAACGCCAGGAUUUGCUUAAUGUAUUGGCUCGCAUGAUGCGCCCAGCUUGUGAUCAAGUGCAAAUAAAAGUGAUGAUGAAUGAAGAAGACAUGGAUACGUAUGUGUUUGCAGUUGGUACUCGGAAGACCCUUGCUCGGCUGCAGAAAGAAAUGCAGGACUUGAGUGAGUUUUGCAGCGACAAGCCCAAAUCUGCAGCCAAGCUGGGUUUACCGGAGUCUCUGGCCAUUCUUUCUGAGAUGGGAGAGGUGACAGAUGGUGUCCUGGACACUAAGAUGGUUCAUUUCCUAACACAUUAUGCUGAUAAGAUUGAAUCCAUCCAUUUCUCGGACCAAUUUUCUGGUCCAAAGAUUAUGCAAGAGGAAGGGCAGCCUCUCAAACUGCCAGAGACCAAGCGGACUCUUCUGUUUACAUUUAAUGUGCCUGGAGCAGGAAACGCAUCUGUAAAAGACAUGGAAUCCCUUUUGCCACUGAUGAACAUGGUGAUUUACAGCAUUGACAAAGUGAGAAAGUUCCGUCUGAACAGAGAGGGUAAAAUUAAAGCUGAUAAGAACCGUGCCCGUGUGGAGGAGAACUUCCUGAAACUUACACAUGUGCAGCGGCAAGAGGCCGCUCAGACCCGACGUGAGGAGAAGAAGCGAGCAGAAAAAGAGCGCAUCAUGAAUGAGGAGGAUCCUGACAAGCAACGGCGACUUGAGGAAGCUGCCCAGCGCAGGGAACAGAAGAAGAUGGAGAAGAAACAGAUGAAAAUGAAGCAGAUUAAAGUGAAGGCCAUGUAAUGGGUCUAGCUACUCCAGAGUCUGUUCCAUCGUACCCCACUCCCACCCACUUGCAGCUUAGACCAUGACAAUGGGGACAAAGCAGAACCUCAGUAGAAAACUAUUAACCAUUUCAUUGCCUGCUGUUCCCUGUUGCAAUAUACUGCAUUAUAUGGCUAAAUAUCAUCCAUGUUUCUGCUGGCCUGGUGUCCUAGUCUCUGAACACCUCCUAGCCAUAUUUUUGGUUGACCAAACACCCAGAAAUGGUAGGAUAAGGGGCUCAUGAAGGCCAAUGAGUAAAAAAGCACAUAUUCUUGGUUAGUGCACAAGUAAUGCUGAGAUAAGGGUUUUCAGGUCUGGGCUGCUUCGUGUAUUGGUAACAUUUUAAAGUGUCCCCUGCACAUAUUGGGGGAGUAAACAUUUAGUGGGCUGAAAUAAUAACUUUGAGACUGCAGCAUACCAAUUCCCUAGGAACUAUUGACCUCCCUGACAUGAGGCCUUGGUAAUGUCCCUAGUGAAUUAAUAUGCUGCACAAUGUCUCACCUACUAUACAUAUAGAUAUCGUGUAUACUAUGUUCUGCAAGAACCUGUAACAGUGUUCUGUUUAGUUCCUGUGCUUCUCUACUGAAACUGGUUUGGAAAGAUACUAUAAAGCGUCAGCUUAUACUUUUAUUGAGCACCAGUCUUGCCUGCAUACAGGACUAAGCCAUUGACGUUAGGAGAAAGUGGUGCUUUGCUCAGACACAAACCACAGAAAAUCAUUCUUCCAUCCCUGCUUAAAAAUUGGACCCACAAUUAUCUUGGGUUUCAUAAAGUUUAGAAAUAUUUCUCUAAUUUCUUUGUUACAGGGUCUAUGAUGUCUGUUGGACAGCUCCCCAAAUAAGGCUGCAGAUAGCAUGCAUACUUUUUCUGAGUAAUAUGGAAGGUUCGGUGUCCAAACUUCCACUAGACACUCAGACUGUCUUUUACCUGACCAUCUUGAUUGUUUUUAAGGAGGCCUUGCAGGUGGGAUGGCUGUAAUAUUAGACUUCAACACUUCUUUUCUUUUCUCCUUUAAAUGACACUGAUACUGUUGCUGAAGUCACACGAAGAGAGGAUAUUUAUAUUUUGUUGGUUUAUACCAAAAUGCCUCCCCAGCACACAACACACUAAUAACUCUGCAGCCAAGGCCUAAACCAAUGUAUCCAGUUUAUGACCACCUGCCCCAGCUUCUAACUGUAAUGCCUAAACACAUUCACUUUUCCAUUACUCACAGUGCUCCUGCUAAUGUUCCAUCACCCUGGCUAAGGACUUUACCUAUCGGAGAUACUUUCUCUUUCAUCCACUAGGGGACACUUUUUCACGCUGUCUUCCCAGAUGAGACUGUUGUAGCCACAGCUCUACCAUAGUCUCCCAGAUGAGGCUGUUCUAGCCAACGCUCUACCAUAGUCUCCCAGAUGAGGCUGUUCUAGCCACCGCUCUACCAUAGUCUCCCAGAUGAGGCUGUUCUAGCCACCGCUCUACCAUAGUCUCCCAGAUGAGGCUGUUCUAGCCACCGCUCUACCAUAGUUUAGUUAAAGGCAGUCUGUAAUCCAGAUGGAAACCGCUGCACUGUUAUUUUAGGUAAUACCGCCAAUAACUUAAUGUACAAAUCCAACCAUAACAUGACAUAGAAAGUACAUUUUUCUUAUUUUACCCAAUGAAAGGUACAGGAAUAAAGUCUUGUUUGUUUUUUUAAUACUGAUUAAAGUUUAUACUUCGGUUUUAGAGUUUAUUAACCUGUUCCACAAGAUUUUAUAGAUAUAAUAUAAAGAAUAGUAUUUUUAAGUUAUUGUAAGAUAUUUGUGAAAGCUAUAUAAAACAAAACAAUUAGUAUUGAUAGACUGCCUACCUGCAGGGGACAGGAGUAAGCUUGCGUGUAUGGAUUAUAAUGAGGCUGGCAUUUUGUGGACUGAAUCUAGCCAAUCCAUGUAUUGGGAACAUGUGACAUCACAGCAACUGUUAUCUCAACAUUGUACUGCUGCUAAACUUGACCCAUAUUCAAACUCUAAUCCUUAAUAACAUUAUUCAGCCCUUGCAAUUGUAACCCAUGCACACGUGUGCUGUGGUCCACCUGGACAGAAUUAUCAGUAAGCUUUAGUUUGCUUUUACAAUCAAAGCAAAUGCCUGAUCUCAAUGAGACCAAUAUUCUCUUUAUUCUUUAAUAAAAGUAUUUUACAACAUGUUUUCUUAUAGCACUACUGGUGAGGGUUAUACACAGGGGAAAAACAAGUUUAACGGCAAAAUACAACAAAUGCACCAAAUGAACAAUAAUUAUUAGAAUCAUUUUUUUGGCACUUGACAAUUUUAAAUUUUCGGGGACAGCACACAGGAUCUGUGAUACGUUUGCUCCUAUGUGUUUAUGCAUCCGUGAAAAUGGAGCAUAUUAUUGGGGAUUUUUUUCGCCUGUCUCGUGCACGUAAAUAAAAUUCCCAAUCAGUGCUGGCUUCGGGGACAAUUGAAAAACCCCAGGGUGGUUAACUAGCCGUGGUAAAUUACUACGGCGAAUUGAAUUCCCCCCUUAAGGGUAAAAGCAAGUAAAUCAGAAGCUAUGCAAGGAUGCACUGUAUCAGUGUAUGGGGGUCAUUCCGAGUUCGCUCAUUGCCGAUUUUCGCAAUGGAGCGAUUAAGGCAAAAAUGCGCAUGGUGCGUAUGCGCUAAGUGUUUUAGCACAAAACUUAGUAGAUUUACUCACGUCCGAACGAAGAAUUGUCAUCGUUGAAGUCAUCGGAGUGUGAUUGACAGGAAGUGGGUGUUUCUGGGUGGAAACUGACCGUUUUCUGGGAGUGUGCGGAAAAACGCAGGCGUGCCAGGAUAAAACGGGGGAGUGGCUGGCCGAACGCAGGGCGUGUUUGUGACGUCAAACCAGGACCGAAACGGGCUGAGCUGGUCGCAGUGUAGGAGUAAGUCUCGAGCUACUCAGAAACUGCUAAGAAUUAUUUUCACAAUUCUGCUAAGCUAAGAUACACUCCCAGAGGGCGGCGGUCUAGCGUGUGCAAUGCUGCUAAAAGCAGCUAACGAGCGAACAACUCUGAAUGACCCCCUAUAUACAGUAUAAAGUAAUGGCUGGAAACUAAAAGUGUUGAGGAUUUUGCCAGUGUGAUUCUUUUAUGAGGUUAAAGCUACUGCUUUAGAUCGUGUAUGAUGCCCUAACCUGUGUGACUAUAAGGAUAUAGGGGGUAAUUCCAAGUUGAUCGCAGCAGGAAUUCUGUUCGCAAUUGGGCAAAACCAUGUGCACUGCAGGGGGGGCAGAUAUAACGUGCAGAGAGAGUUAGAUUUGAGUGGGGUGUGUUCAAUCUGCAAUCUAAUUUUCAGUGUAAAAAUAAAGCAGCCAGUAUUUACCCUGCACAGAAAUAAAAUAACCCACCCAAAUCUAACGCUCUCUGCAAAUGUUAUAUCUGCCCCCCCCCCCCUGCAGUGCCCAUGGUUUUGCCCAACUGCUAAAAAAAUUUCCUGCUGCGAUCAACUUGGAAUAACCCCCAUAGUGUAAGACAAUUCAAUCUAAUAGUGGUGGAUAAUUCAGUUCUAAGAGGAGUUACAUUUUCUGGUAUGUACAUGCUCUGCUUUCACUAAACCAACUUUUUUAUAUUUUCUGUACUUUUCAAUAAUAUAUCAGUCAGCUUUUUUUUGUUUUUUGUCUAACCAACACUACUGUAGGUUGUGCUUUUUUUCUUUUUCUUUUGAGACCAGUUUUGGAAGUCUUAUUAGAGGACAACCAACUCUGCCUGAUUAAUAUGAAGAGACCGUUGAAGAGCACAGAAUGAAGUUAUAAUGGUAUAUCUGUGUAGUUAGUAUAAGGUUCAAGCCAACAUGGAUAAGCCAAAAAAUGUGUAUUAUGAAAGUAGAAGUCCCCAUUUUAAUGGCUUUAAUGUGCUGUUCAUCAACUUAAUCUAAAGUCUGCCAUAUGUUGAGUGAAUUGCAUGAUAUUUUGCGUGUUCUAGACCAGGAGUUACUGAAUACUGGGGGUAAUUCAGAUCUGAUCGCUGCUAUGCGUUUUUCACACAGGGGGCGAUCGAAUCCUAACUGCGUAUGCCCCGCAGUGCACACGCGCGUCGGACAGUAACAACGGGCAUCACUAGUCAGCGAUGGGAUGCUGCGAAAAAUCAGAUCGCACGGGCGUUCGCAAGGUGAUUGACAGGAACAGGGCGUUUGUGGGUGGCAACUGAGUGUUUACUGGGAGUGUUUGGGAAAACACAGGUGUGCCCAAGCGUUUUCAGGGAAUGUGUCUGACGUCUGCUCCGGCCCUGAUCAGUCUGAUGUGAUCGCACUGGAGGAGUAAAUCCUGGGCUGCGCACAGACUGCACAAAGUUAAUUUUUGCAGCUCAGCUACACAUGAGAUCGCACACUUGCACGGCGAAUUUACACUCCCCCCUGUAGGUGGCAACUAUCUGAUAGCAUAAUUAGCAGCCCAGCGAUCAGAUCUGAAUUAGGCCCACUGUUAUGGGGAUCCAGGCUGGCUGCAUUUAUCAGACCACACCUGGUGACUUUUCUAACCAGUUCAUUUCACACUAAUAAGCUACUAAUUUCUUACCCUGAAUGUUUGUUUUGUUUUUAUUUAAGAAUGCUCAAUAUAUGAUUCAGAUUGAGGAGUGAAAGUGUUUUGCAAUAAAUGAAAGGUGAUCAUAAAUUUUUAUACUCAGGAACCCAACAUCCAGUUGCUGCAUUAAAAUACAAUUUGUUACAGACAGUUUGUGCUGGUUGUUGUACAUUUUACCUUGAUGUGAUUAGACUUCUGUCUGCAAAAGUUCUAUUUCCUUCCUCAUGUGAGGUUAUGUGGCCUCUGCGGAUGCAUGGCAGCUAUUAUCCAUCAUAAUGAUUUUUACCUGGCAAGUGAACAUUAAAAUGAAAGUAAUAACAA